AUGGAUCGAAGUGGUUCUAACAAUCAGCCGCUAGGCCAGCGUGGUCAGGGUCGAAUGGCAGCUUUCGAUGCCGAUAAACAGCGCUCUGCUGGUGGUCGGGGUGGACGCGGUGGACGAGGCAGAGGUCGUGGUGGUGGACGAGGCAGAGGUCGAGGUGGAAACAGAGGACCUAGAAGGACGUUAAAGCGAAGGAAGACUCAGAAGCUUGAAGAGAUAAAAAAGGAGAUGGAAUCGCUUGGACUUGAGGUUGGGGAUCCACAUUUAGAAUCGAAAGCUGAUCCAGGGGAAGUCGGAGAGAAAAUUCGAGUUUUAACAAAUGUUUAUGGAGUUAAGAUGGAAGAAAAAACAGUUUAUCGUUACGACAUUACAAUUUCUGCUGUACCAAAGAAGAAAGGACCAGCGCGUAUUGAAUUUACUAAAAGAACAAAGGACGAUUGUGUUGUCGUUGAUCGUCGCGAUUUUUGUCGUGUCGCUUUUGACUUUUUCUUUGAGAAGGAGAAGGCCGUUUUUGGCGAAAAUCGUUACACUUUGUAUUAUGAUCUUCAGUCAAUUCUCUAUACACUCUUCCAGUUAUCAUUUGAAGGAAAAGACGAGCAGAAAUUUCAACUUAAUAAAGAGGAAUGUGAAAGUCAUAAAUUGUUACAGGAUUUUAAUAGAGUGGAGAUGCUUGUUAGAAAAGUGAAUAAGCAAGUUGAAUUAGCGGACCUUUCAUUUUUAACUAAUGAUAUGAGCAAACAAAAUCAUUCCUUGGCACAAUUUAUUGAGCUUGCAACUUCACAACAUCCACUUCAGACUCCUAACGAGCACGUCAUUCUCGGCGGAGGAACUUCUUAUUUGAUUACUCCUGAUAUGUAUGACUUUGUUCCCGAGGAUGGACCUGAGCUUAGUGCGCAUAACAAGUAUUUGGCAAUUGGUAUUCAUAAAAGCGUACGAUAUGUCGAAGGACCUACAGGUCGAAAUUCAAAAAAAGUAGGAUUGGUUGUAGAGAGCAAAAAGACACCUUUUCAUAAUACUGAUGGUACUCUUCUGGAUAAGACUGCAUCAAUUGUUGGUCCAAAUGCAAUUAGAGAUGACGGUUCUGUAGAUCGCGGUGCAAUUGCUUAUUUAAACCAACAAUUGAAAGCAACUGCUUUUGAAAAAGGUCAGACUAAUUAUUAUCCAAUGGAACUCUGUUCAAUUCGUGAUAAUCAACGAGCUCAAUUGAGUCAAUUAAAUGCUAGGGAAGUUGCUGCAAUGAUUAAAGCUUCAGCUGUUCCUCCAACUAAUUUAAAACGACAAAUAGAGAGCAGCGUUCAGGCAUUAAAUCUCAAAGAAAGUGAAUAUCUUAAGGAAGCAGGAAUUCAGAUAUUUAAAAUAAUUUUUAUUUUUACUAAUAAUUCAAUUUUUCACAUUAUGAAGCCGUUAAUUGCUAAAGGUCGUCGACUUCCUCCUCCAACAAUUCUUUUUGGACGAGAAAGAGAGUCAAUGGUUGAUAAGGAUUCUGGUAAAUGGCAGGUUAGAGAUGCAUUUUAUUUGCCGGCAACUAUCGAAAAAUGGGCUAUUUAUUUAAUCCCUGCUGCAAGAACAAGGGAGAAAUAUCGCUUUGGUGAAAAUGAAAUGAAUGAUUUUAUUCGCGCUUACAUAAACUGCUGUAAACAACAUGGUAUGAUAAUUAACGGUCCGGCAGAUAAACAAAUGUUGCAGCCCAACCCAGAUGACGUUGAUAAGUGUAUAGGAAUAUGCAAAGACAAUAAUUGCGACUUUGUUUUCUUUGUUACUAGUGAUGCUGUUACAAAUUUGCAUAAUUUAAUCAAAGGAUGUGAAAGAAAAUAUGAAAUUGUCACGCAAGAUUUAAAGCUCUCUAAUGCGGCUGAAAUUGCAAUGCGAGGCAAACAGGAAACUGUUUUAAAUAUUGUUUGUAAGACUAAUGAAAAAAUGGGAGGAAUUAAUUAUACAAUCAAAUUGGCUGAUCAAGGAAUUCACAAUUUAAUUGAAGAUGGUACCUUAUUUAUUGGUUUAGGCAUUUCGCAUCCUGGGGCUUUGGGAAAUUAUGAACGCGCUAGAGGAGCUGCACCUAAUGUUCCUUCUGUUAUUGGAUAUGCAGCAAAUAUGAAGAAACAUUCCUUUGACUUUGUUGGCGAUUACUUAUUUGACGAGGCUCGUCGUGAUGAAAAAUAUACUACAUUAGCUCAUAUUACCAAAACUUGUGUGACUCGAUAUCAAAAUUCAAGAGGAGAUGCACCCAAAAGAUUAAUACUGUUUAGGAAUGGAAUGUCUGAGGGGCAAUUUGCUACAGCUAAACAAUAUGAGAUACCAAUGGUCCGUUUGGCACUGCAAGAAUGUUCAGCCAGUAGUUGCAAGUUAACUGUUUUGGUUUCACAAAAGACACAUAAUAUUCGUCUUUUUGCGCAUGAAGAGCUUUCAAAGUCUACUGGUUCUUCCAAGAAUUUGAAUAUUAAACCAGGAACGGUUGUGGAUGAGCAAGUGACACAUCCUGAACAUUCUGAAUUUUAUUUAAAUUGUCAUUCGGCAAUCCAAGCAAACUUUUUCUUACAAGUUAUAAUAUAA